AUGGAUGCCGACGUGUCGUCUUCGUCUCUUUCAUCUCCUUCGCAAUCGGAACUUUCUGAAGACUAUCAAAGUUUUAUGGAAACCAUCAAACCGCCCUAUCCGCCUCGUCUUAAGCCACAAGACCUUUUGCCCAAACCUCAUGACGGAAAAAUACGUAAAAUUCCAAACGCAUUUAUAACUUACCGGAAAGAAUUUUGCUCAAACUUGAAGACAAAGAACAUCUGUCUUACGAUGUCUGACGCUUCUUUUUGGGCAAGCAAAUUAUGGUACAAAGAAAGUACGAAAGUUAGGAUGACCUACCAAAAUCUGACUAUGCAAGCCAAAGUAAUUAACGAGAAAAUGGCGAAAACUCCAAGGAGAACCAAGGUCAAGGACAGUAAUACCGAUAUUGUGAUGCGGGGCGAACCAACAAUGUUCCGAAAGGAAGAUCUUGUCUUGACUGACAUACCCACGUACAAGCAGGGAGCAAUGCAAUAUGCAGGAGGCGAAGACUUUGGUAGAUAUAAAUUGGUAUAUCCAAGUUUUCCAACUGCGGAGCAAUCAUCAACGGCUCCUCAACUUUAUCAAAAUUCUAUGAAUCCCUCGUAUGUUCCAUCAACUUCGCACGUCGAUUACUGUGAUUCGCCUUCGUACCCUUCACUUUUGUAUUAUCCGCUAUACUUUCCCUAUGACGCUCAACAGUU